UGUGGCUUGGACGAGAAUCCUCGCAAUGAAGGCGGACCUCCUGAGACCCGAGCACGUCACGUGAUCUUUCGGACCAAUGGCGAUCGCGGCAUUUUCUUGAGACACAUGAAAGCGUCCGCAAUCAUGUGGUUAUCCCAAAUUAUUUCAUUGGCGACAUUUUUUUAAGAAAUACUCUCGGUUCUGUCUCAAAUUAAAGCGCCAACUCUAUACAUUUUUUCGGCGUCCGAUAACCCUGGCGAUCGAUCGUAUGCGGUGAGUUACGCAAGCGAGUGCGAUGGAGUCAUCUCUCGACGCAGCCACAUGAUAGCAUGGCAGAAGACAGUAAAAAGCAAAAUCACAGCGAGAUCGAGAAACGUCGCCGAGACAAGAUGAACCUGUACAUCGGCGAAAUGGCUUCCUUGGUGCCAAUGUGUAAAGCCAUGUCCCGAAAGUUGGACAAAUUGACUGUACUACGCAUGGCGGUGCAGCACAUUCGUGCCAUGAGAGGAUCAAUCAACUCGUACACGGAGGGCCGAUAUAAGCCGCCUUGGCUGCGAGAUGAGGACCUCAAAGAGAUCCUAUUGCAGGCAGCUGACGGCUUCCUAUUUGUGGUGAGCUGUGACCGUGGACGAAUAUUAUUUGUGUCGGAAUCGGUGCAAGAAACGCUUCACUAUUCGCAGAGCGACCUCUUGGGCCACAGCUGGUUCGAUAUACUUCAUCCGAAAGACAUCUCUCAAGUAAAAGAACAGCUAUCAUCCUCUGAACCAAAGGAAAGACUCAUAGACGCCAAAACCCUGCAGCCCCUCAAAGGGGAUUUCCCAGCAACGCAGAGUCGCCUGUGUCCAGGAGCAAGACGUUCUUUCUUUUGCCGCAUUCGCACCAAGAACGCCGUCAAGACGGAGGAAGCUGACACUACGACGGGUGCUCAAAGACGUAGGAAAUCACAUAGCUCCGACAGACGUUAUUCGGUCGUUCACUGCACAGGAUACCUCAAGACAAAAUGCUCUCUGGACAACGAGAAUCAUCAGCUGAGUUGCUUAGUAGCUGUCGGUCGGGUCCAUGGCCCGUUGUGCACCGAACCUCUCCAAUUUGUCUCUCGACACGCGCUCGACGGAAAGUUUCUUUUUGUAGACAAAAAGGCAACACUACUCCUGGGAUACCUCCCGCAAGAACUGAUGGGAACAGCCUGUUACGAUUAUUACAGCCAAGAAGAUGUAGAGUUACUCUCCGAAUGUCACAAGGCGGCAGUGACGCAGACGUCGGAAGCUGUCUGCACGGAGCCCUAUCGCUUUCGAACCAAAGCAGGGUCCUUCGCCUGUCUUCAGAGUUGUUGGAGAGCCUUCAAAAAUCCUUGGACCAAAGAAGUGGAAUGUCUGGUCGCUGUCAACACACUACUACUAUCACCAGAGGUCGCUGUAGCAGACAGUUCAAACGAGACGAAAAGAAUGCUUACGAGGGACUUGUCAAAGGCAGCUUCAGAGGAGAGUGAAUCUCCGGAGGCGGGUAUGUAUUUGGAUUCUGGGGUAUUAUUUCCCGAGACAUUUUCGUCCAACACAGAACUGAUGGCUUCCCUCGUCCAACAACGGGACAUCGGAGGAACAGAUGGGAACGAUGAGGCUGCCAUGGCUGUAAUUAUGAGUCUCCUAGAAGCCGACGCCGGACUCGGUGGACCCGUCGACUUUAGCGGCAUGCCUUGGCCUCUACCCUGACUGCUAUUGAUCGCCACGCUCUACAUCGCCGGUCAUUGAACCGCCGUUGCCUUAAAAAGCUGUACGCCAUGUACGACCAU